AGAGCUGAGUCUGUUUCGUUCACUAUCAUUUCAUUCCUGUGUUGUUCCAUGGUACUGCAACGGAUUUGACAACAGCAAGAAGGCUUGGAGGCAAACAUAAAUGAGUUCUGCUACAGUUGCGAAAACUGUGGCAAAGAAAUUGUAAGUAUUCUUGGUAGUGUUCUCUUUUCAUCAGCCAUCACUACCAAGCUCAAUUAGUUUAAGUUAUUAAGAUUAAUUUCCGACUCGAUUGCAAUCAGCACUAGCUGUUAUAAGCUGAAUGUGAGUGUAUUUUUGGGUAAAGAAGUCAAGCUUUAAGUUUAAAGCCGUCUGUUUCCUUCUUUAUUCGAGAAACUUGUAAGUAAGGCCGAUCACGUCAAUGGAUCUUUGGCUAAGUUUAAAUUUUUCAACUCAAUCUGUCAAGUAAUAUUUGCGUUAUUUGUUGCACGUUUUAAAACGUAUUAACCUGUUCUGAAAUUUAAAUAAAAUAAUCGCUCAUAAGAGAAUCAAGGAAAAAUGCUGUUCGACUAGCUUGUACUAGCAGUGCAGACAGCAUGGCCAUGAUAUACAUCUGUAUAACGCUCUCUUCACGUCACUAUGAAGAGAUAAACACCACACUUAACACUCAAGUGUAUCAUUAAAGAGGUUUAAAAUUAUUUAGAUAGACAAUACAUCAUAAGUCAAAUGCAACGUGAUUGGUUUUGCUGGUUUGCAAAAUGUGUAUGAAAUCAUUUUAUUUUUCAUACAAAAUAUUUUGCUAUUUCUGAAUGGCUUUAAUGCGCAAGAUUAUUCUUCAUAAUUAACUGGCACUGACCAUAUUUGGAAAAUGUGAGCAAUAUACAAUCAUUGAUGUCAGUCACUCGGUUGUCAAUUCUUGUAUGUUGUCAAUAAACAGUCAUUGAUAUCACCCAAGACAGAAGUGUGGCAACUUAGCUGUUUUGUCUUAAGUGCAGAACUCAAGAAAAUGAUGAAAGAGUUCACUGCCAUGCAAAGACGAAACAGCAAAAUUACUGACUAAAAAAUGAAUGAAAUGAAAUCGUAAAGUUAAAAAAAAUCUCAAUAAAUGUUGUCUGCAUUCUGUUGUGUAUCUGUUUAACACAGGUAAAAUUUGAUUUCAAGUUAAAAUUUUUCCCUUGUUCAAUUCACAAUUUCCUUUGUCUCUAAGGGCUAGGAUUAUGAUUGGUCAGGAAAUGAGGGGAGAAGUGCUUCUUGUCUACUGAUGUUAUUAGAAUUUGUUGUUUAACAAACCUGCUACCUAAACUCAUUUCAUUCUGCCAAUUUUUAUAAUACCUAACAAAGUGUCUAGCCUAAUUGCUGGCAACUAUAAGGUUUUCAUAUCACUAAAAUUUUUACUGACCAUCUGAUCUGUACUUGUCUAAUCUUUAGUCUUGCCUCUACAGCAGAGAUCCAUAUUCAUUUUUUCUCAGAGUCAUCAGCCAGGCAAGUAAGCCUCAUGGCGUACUUGCCCGAUUACAAUUUCAGUUGCCUGGACAAAAGUGCAGAAUUAUAUAAAAGAAUAGUGAAAAAAUUGUGUGCAACUUGAACAUUUCUGAUAAGCCUUUUAUUUCCGUUUAAGUUACUAAGAAAGGGUUUUAACUAAGUUAAGUACCACAGGCUACACGCCUAGGCUAAACACAGUUUAUCAACAUUUUACAAGUAGCCCUGGUCAGUCAGUUUGCCAUGAAGGUUAGACAGUGCACUUAUGUUUUCCCCCAUAUAAGGCAGCAGCUCCUGUGUCACCUUUUUUUUCCAUCGAAGGCAGUGAAACGUCUUCUAAAAGAAAUAACAUCUUGAUGCAUAUAAGGCACCGGCUUCUGCUUCACUGUUUUUUUCUGCCAAAGGCAACGAAACGCCCUCUAAAAACACCACAUCUUGAUGAUUUCAGUCACAUUUUCUACGAAUGGCCUCUGAAUGCAGUACUUCACAAUAGACUGAGCGAGUGAUCGUUUCUUAGAAAAUGCUGCACCAUCAGAGAUGGCGCCCAAACUUACGAUUUCAUUGCUUGUUUAUUCUCUAUUAUUCUAAAAGUUUUAAGUGGAUGAGACGUAAGCAUUCAGAACACAGGGAAAAUGUAUAAAACCAUAUAAGAAUAUUUGAAAAGAUUUUCUGGUUUAGCAAAACCUCACUUGUCCAAAGGGUGACUUUUGAAGUUAUCUUAAUCGUCUUUCGAGGUUUUUAAGUUCUCUGGGAAUAUGGAUCCCUGCUACUGGUAAAUAAAGUGAACUACUGAUCUAGGUUUAUCGAUCAAGGAUUGGGAGACAAAGAAUAUGGUUAAAAGUUUGUAUUAGGCUUAAUGACCAUUUAGGGAUUUGAAAAACCUUGACCAGCCAGCUGCUAGUCAUAUAGCCAAUAUUAUUUAAAACAAUCCAUUAACAGAUGCCAAUUGUCAAGAAUUGGAUCGAGAAGGCAUCUAACUCUAGCACAGGCUAUAAAAGCACAUAUAUUUAUAAAUAUAACUGAAAUUAAUGAGGAUACAGUUUUUAAAAAUGGUGUUUCACUAUAAAGUGCAUAUCAACUAACUAUGCCCAGUAUGUUGUUUUGAAAACAGAGAGUGAAACUAGGAAAACUGAAAGAAAUGCUUGAUGUGUGUUUCAGUCAGCUGAAUAGUUUCUACAAUAGGGAUGAAAUUGCUGACCGAAGUAGGUCAGUAAUAAUUAUAGAAGAGUAUUGUUAUCAGUAAUAACCAAUUAAAGGAAGAUCUUGAAAGACUGUUUUCAUUUAGCAGACCUAUUUUUGUUAAUAAUUAAUUAUUUCUGCCUCAUUUUGCAACUAUCAGUGUUCCUGUUUGGAGCUCUAACCAAUGAAUUUAUGUCAUAUUCAAUUCCCUUAGGAUUGUUUAGAAAUAUUAACAAAUCAAACUUUUUAAGUAUCAUACAUAAACUCUAAGUCAGAAAAACAAAGUAUUUUUUAUUAAACUACAAAAACCUGGCAUUUAAUUUGAGAAUGAUCUAUGUGGAAUGCUACAUUUUUUCAAGUCAUUAAUUAUUUAUUGUGAAAUAACAUUUUACUCCUCUGGCAUGUUUCCAUGGUCUCAAAACUUUACACUGCAAUUCCCUUGCAAGCUGUUAAAUACUUAUUUUGACUCUGACCACAGUACAGUGUUGUUCAUGAACUUACUCUGUAAUUCAAAUUAGUGAUUUUACAUUUCUGGAACUUGUGACCUGAGCUUGAGAAUGUUUUUGUGUAAUUUCCUUCUCUGGAAUAAUACAUGAAGAGAACUUCAAGGAAAUCUUUUAAUCAUCGUCCUUUGUGCCCUAAUUCUUGCCUUCACUUCCUGGAAACAGUGUCUGAUUCUGGAGAAUCUGAGUAUGGAAGUCAAGAGAAGUAUGGCUAUAGAAUACUAAGCUUGCUAUGUACCAAAUUUCAUGCAUUUUUGCUACUUAGUCUUCUCCUUGUUUAUAACUUUUUGGUUUUCAUUACUAAAAUUAGGCAAUCAAUGGGUAAUUAUAGGUUUCAUCAUUAGUAUCACUAACAUCUUAGUGUUUACUAUUUUACAGUUUAUGUUUAUAGCCUUAAUAGAAUCUGUUAAUGCAUUUUUUUCUCUCUUGCAUACUUGUAGGAAGUAUUAUCUUGAUGUUCAGAGAAGAGAAGAUGGUUUUGAUUUAUCUGGGCCAUGUUAUCCCAGAGAGGAUCCAGUUCCUUUAAGAGCUGUAAGAAUUUGAAUUGUUUUUUCAUAUCAAACCACUCUUUAAAGUUUAGCAGUUUGAUUUAUGUGUUACAUCCUGAAGUUGAAGUUUAAAAACACAAACUAAUGUAAUGAUUGUAAAUGGUUAGUUAUGCAAAAUUGUAUUUCAUCACAAUUCCUUAAUCCAUGUCUACUUUUCAAUUGCUUGCCAUUUCCUUGUUUUUGACAUAUCAGGUCAAUUUUUGCUUUGAGGAAGAAGAAAGUUCAGCCAUGGAUAUACACACUGUAUGGUCCUUUUUUAAUAACAAAAACCAAAUAAAUAAGCUUCAUUGAGUUGAGUCUGUGUAUGUGAAAAUUUGCAAGGCUGACUUACAUGUACGAGGCUGAUUUCAAAUAAUGAACAUAUGAAUAUCACAUAUUAGACCUGUGGGAUAAAGAAUUAAACGUAAAGAAGAUCAUUGCAGUGCUGUUAUAGAUACAACAUCUGCAUAAAGAAGGCCUGGAAAAAAAUUCUUGGCAGCUGCAGUUAAGUUGCAUCUUCUGCUUGCACUUCUGGACAAACUUGAACUCUACAUUUUUCUGCAUGUUUUACUUGCUUGCAAGCCAAACAUUGUUUUUAAUGCUGUUUUUUUGGGGGGACCGUGGGGGGGGUUUGUGUCAAAAACACUCUGACUUAGUCAACUAAUUGGCUUUCAACAAGACCACUCUUAUUUCAAAACAUUCCUCAAGCUUUAACUUCAACAAAUAUAAUAAUUAUGAUCAUCAUUUGCUGUUUAUUUCAAAUCUAGGGUCCAACAUUAGAUUAUGAUGGAAUCCAUGACAGAAGCUUAAAGCAUUACUUUCACAAUAAUAACGUAAAGAAGCAGUUGCAACAAAUGCACACAGCUCGGAACCAAGAUGCCCGUGAGGGUACAGUGAGAGGUUUUAUGGACCAGACCAUGGCAUCUGUGGAUUAUAGACUCAAGCCUGGUCCUAUCUCACCUUAUGCUAUACCUCAGACGGUAACACCUAAGCCACCUCCACACCGACCACAAGCCACGAUAACUGUAGACCAGUAUAUGAAGACAAAGAGAGGAGCUAAGCGAAGGUACAUUAUUUGAAUCAUUGUUUUAUUCCUAGACUUUCACUCAACUAAACAGGGACUUCCAUUGGUUGAUUCUUGGUCACAUGGCCUUGACUAACAUCAAAUGUGUCCCAAUUGUGAUACAUAAAUUUAAGCAAUGUACCCCACUUGGGAAACAUUACAGCACGUGAUCAAAGCAUUGUGGAAAGCGGCGUGACAGAAGGUGGGAAAAACACUGCCAGUUUUCUUUUUCGUGAAUGAACACAACAACACAAACAUGAAGCCUCAUGCUAAAAAGCAAUGAUUUUUAAAGUUAUAUCAGAAGAGAAACAGCAGCUAGUGGAGGAAAAAGAUGCAGAUAAUAUAAGGAAAGUAGUUUGUAAAUCAUUCAUUCAGUGGUUUUGAGAAUUAAAUUUGUGUUGUUAUGAGUACCGAGUUGACUGUUUUAUUGCUCUCUGGUUAUUCUUUUGUUGCUGUUUGAAUGCUUCAAUAACUACAUAUAGCAUAAAGAUCUUUUCUAUUAGAUUUUGUACUCUAGUUGCUGUUUACUGCACUUGCAACGUAGCGAAAGAUGCUUUCAGAAUUGUACUUUACAUUACAACUUAGUGAAUUAAUUACUUUAAAUGUAGUUUAACGACGAGUACUUAGUGAAUUAAUUACUUUAAAUGUAGUUUAACGACGAGUGUGAGCCUAGUUUUAGCUUCUGAACACUUAAAACUGUAAGUGGAGUCAUAAAAGUGAUUUCAUCAUAGUGACCUCUUUUAUACGGACACCUUUAAUUUAUGAACACUUCGCUCUGCCCUUCGGUGUCUGAAUUAGAGAGGUUCGACCGUAUAACAAGUUGUACUGCUGUCAAUUUACUUUUUAAUUAACUGAGUUAUUCUCGUACAUCAGGGUGCUAUGUGCUGUUGAAAAGAGCCUGAACUUAAACCACCAUUUCUACUAUUAAUAGCUUGUACCUCUUUCUAUAAAAACAACAGCAACAGCAACAACAUUAGUCAAUGAAUGACUGGCUGGGACAAUCCAAUAUUAUCUCACAGUGGAGCAAAAGCAUUAAAUCUAUUAUUCAAUAAUAACAAGUUACAAGGUAUUUGAAAGAUGUUACUCAAUAUAUCUGUACUUGCCAAAGGAAGCUCAUUUGGAAACAGCAAGGUGGCACUCUAUGGGGGUACCGGUAGGUAGCUAUAGCCAAACAUUAUAAACAUCGGGAAAGUAUGAGAUUUAAAGAGCAUUUUAUGUUUUUAGAAAACUCCCUGUCAAUGUGGUUGGCAAGCCAAGGAGAAUACUAAGACGAUCUCCUCCUCAGCAUGUUAGUCGAGAUGAAAGAGAGAGACUGGUUAAUAUGGCUACUAAACUUAUUGUUGCUACGGUAAGAUUUCAGAUUACUGUUUGAUGACGUUUCAUUUAGGAAAAAAACGAUCACUGCUUGAAUACACUGUAAUAGUUUGUCUGUCAAAGAUCUGGUUACAGAAAAAUUACUUUAUUUAUACUUACAAUCAUCAACUACCAGCAGUCAUUUUUGACUCAUGCAUUUUUUUUCCUUUUUGUGUCCCUUAAUUAAGAGGUUACCAUUUAAAUGUAUACAUGUGUAACUACCCUCAGAAAAUUAUAAGCUGUGAUCUCCCUAUUAUUCAAAGAGCAAAAAGCAGUGAGUCCAUUUUAACAGUGUUACUAGUUACAUAAAAGUUAUAAUCAUUUUAAAAUUGAAUUGUUAUUCUUUUGAUGAUUGUUAUUCUUUGAUGAUAUAUUUGCUUAGGUCUUUUUUUGAAUCCUCUAUUUAACAUACUUUGUCUAAAAAAUCUCUGUUUUUUGAUUCAGGAAACUGUUGCUUUACCUGCAACUAAGAAGCAAAGCAAAGGAUUUCAGGCUUCUGAAAAGGUUAAAUAUUAGUGUGUUUAUCAACUAGAAAUGUUUAAAUACCUUGCUUACAUUUUUAUGAACAAAAUUUUAGGUCAUUAUUAUCUGCCUUUUUUUCAAAAAAGGCAAUUUGUAAGGUUUUGUGUCUCGGUUUUUUUUGUAACAAAGUUCCAUUUGGUGUGACUCUUCAGAGAUCCUUUAUAUGAUGUAUUAUACUGUACAUCCACCUUUCUCUUUCAUCUGUUUAGUGACAGAAUAUAUAUUUUUGUAGGUAUGUGGAUAUGCUAGUUGAUUAGAUCAUUAAUUAAUAGACUUUGAGAGUAAAUUGGAUGGUUGAUUGACUUUCAGGAUAUACCCAGACUUCAAAGAGAAAAGAAGCGCCAAGUGGCCACAGAGUCACUCUCAUCAGGUACUCUAGACCUACACAUGUGCUAAAGAGUUGUGGAGAUCUACAAGACUGAUGUUUACAUUUUUGUAUCUUACGAUAUUAAUUUUGUUGGAGUUUUCAAGUUGGAAACUUUUUGAGGGAGCUUGUUAAUAUUUCUAGUUGCUGCUUAUCUCUCUGGACUGAUUUCCAUCCUCAAAUAAUCAUUUAUUUUCCCAUUUCUCUAGAUUCAGAAGGUUCUCAAAAAGUAUCAAGACGACCUGCCCCUCCAAAGGUUUGUGGCAGUUUUCAUUGGUAACACCAACCACAGAUGAAACAAGACAUAUAGCUGAAUGUACAUGCAUGCACUGUACUAUCCGCGUACAAAUUCUCGAGACUGGUCUCCAUACUUUUCUUAAAGAAUUAGUUGGGAGAAUUUGAUAAAAAAUCAAAGCAUUUCCCUUAUGUGAUCAUUUUGGUUUUUUUAUAACCUUUUCUCUUGGAUUGUUUGGAGAAACUUUAUAUUAGGGAGUUUAAGCUUCACGUAUAUGGCAAACGUCAAACGUCAGAUUCAAGUUGGGAAUUUCUCAGAAUAGAAAAUGAGCAGAUAAAAACAGCUCAAAACAAUUCUUUUGGAUAAAAAAUUGCGUGAAGCUGCUAACUUAUGAGUAGAAGAAAUGAACAGUAAACGAUAAGUAAAGGGGAAACUUGGUCACGUGGUACAAAUUCGCGUUUGCCGUUUGACGUAAACGUGGUGCAUAACCUUCCUAUUGUGACUGAAAUCAAUCAAUCAAUCAAUCAAUCAAUCAUUCAUUCAAUUUAUUUAUGUCAAUAUGUGGGACGGGGUUGUCCCAAUCACUGGAGCUGGAAACUCAUGUAUGAAACAUAUGACAAUAAAAAUACUAACUUAUAAUAAUAAAAAUAAUUUAAAAGAUCAUACGUGUAUAAAAACAAAUGAAAAUAAUAUAUCAGUGAAUGCUCAAACGUUCAAAGCAACACCCUCCCGCGUCCUACUGAAUUAAUUAAAAACUAAAAAUUGUAGGAAUAAGUUAAAACCCUGAGAUAAAAAAAAAUAAAUCUAAGAUGUAGAAAAAACCCUAAGGUAUACAAAAAUAAUACAUUUACAACUGGCUUUUAAGUUUAUAAGAUUAAAAGAUCUUAAAUGCUUACGAAAUUCACUCAACUCAGUUGAUCUCUUAAUGUCCUGUAAAAGCCCUGUAAAGGGAGUCACAAUGAAUGUACGCAUGUAUGUAUGUAAAAAUUAUUAAUGUUGGUCCCUGUUGGGACUUGCAGGGUUAAGGCUGAAGUUUUUUAAAAUCAUUUUUCAGGGUAAACCCAGGUCAGGGUCAGCUCCUCACAGAAGACCUGAAUCCACAUUUUUUAAGUCAUCCUCUUCAAGAAGAGAUGGAGAGAAACAUGGCCGAAGUGGUGUCCAUAUUGUGCUGCCUGGAGGAUCACAAAGUGACGAUGAAGAUCGCCUCAGGUGAAAGAAAAACACGAGUUGUUGUAUAAUUUAAGUUAACAUUAUUUAACUAAAGCUUAGUUUUCAACUUUAACCCAAAAUUUAGCCAGAUCCUCUCACUCACUGUAACAGUUGUCUUAGAAUCAGAUACUUAUAAACUGAGUCCAUGGAGGCCUAGAGGACCCAUGAUGAUUGAUGAAGUUUACGCCAGUUUAUCAUUUGGGUUAAAUUUGUGUGCAUUUACAUGUGUUCUCAUGAACUAUUUGAUCAGUAUUAUAGGUUCAAAAGUCAAUUCAGCAUCAUGUGUAAAGUUAAGAAAACCAUUGAAGAAAACUUCUCUACUUGUUCCUCUGUGUACAAAUGACUCUGUCUUGUUUUCUAGUCAAAUAUUUUUUUUCCACAUUGAUGUUCCAGGACUCUGCAUGAUGCUGCAGCUCUUUGUUUAAAGCCCAUGAAGAAAUUGGAUAAAAUUCAACAUAAACAUUUCAUAAGUGAACAACGACGCGGGCAAGAUUUGACUUGAAGUUUUUCUUGCUUAUUCUAAAAAAAUAGACACUCACAGGCUUCAUUUUACUUUUUUCACCAGAAACGUUAACAAGGAUAUUUUUAUUGAAGGAACUUAAACCCUCUCCCGAUUGUGGAAUGAUAAAACUUUUAACAUUUGACAACUUGUUUCUGUUACUACAACACCAUAACCUGUAGUAGAAUGGCGAUGGCUAUCGUAUUUUCCCACCAAAAUGAUGAUGGUCACGCACGUGCACACGCACUGCUUAUGUGAAAAUCUUGUUCUUGCAGUUGUUCUCAUUUUGGAUUCCUAAGGUCUCUAAUUAUACUAAAUAAGGAAAAAUAGAAACAGUCAUAGUAGAAAAUAGAAUCUCCAGCAUUUAUAUUGAAUACUGAUGUCUGUGCCCUUGGUGAGAUGUUUUCUUGGUGAUUUUGUAGGUCAUUGGUCGGACGCAUGAAUUUGGAGGGGCGUGGCAGCAGUGUCAUUGCAUCAAAGCACCAAUCAAAAGAAACUAGACCUAGAAGUGCGGCUGUUCCACAGAAGUCACGGACGGAGGAAGAUAGUUUCGAUGAUGAAGAAUUUGAAAGUGGAGGAUCUCCAAGACUGUCCUCCACUCGUACCACUCCGAGGCAAUCAUGGAUGGAAAGUGAACACGAAAUGAUUGAUAUGUCUACACAGACAGUUGUUCAUUCAGGUGAGUUGCUUUGUAAUCAUCUGAUCAGGGGCACCAAACGAUGGUUUCCUCCUAAAUACAUUUAAAACUCUUUUUAGGCUAUCCAGAGUACUUUUAGAUAUCUAGAAAUGCAUUCUAAUCGUCGCCAUAAAAUUUGUAUCUGUUCGGUCAUCCCAGGAGAACGUAAGUCUUUUCGAAAUUACAAGGGCUUCAGUAUUAUUUUCCGGAAAAUUUUUGAUGCAAUUGAACGUUUUACGAAAGUGAGAAUUGUUCUUAUUCCUCUCUCCAUUACAUUUUUGAAUCCAAAAAGGUUUAGGUUUCCUUUUUUCUAUGAAAAUUAGCCUUACAUGGGGAGUAAAAUGUCAGAAAUUAAACUUCAGAAAAUCGUAGGGAAUUCAUUAGAUAAGCUUCGAAAAUUGUAUCUGAAUGGAACGGUCAUCUAGAAAUUUCUAACUUUCGCGGAGACUGUUGGGACUGUUACUGGGGACAGGAAAAAGAAUUGGCCAAUAGCUGAGCGGCACAUUCCCAGUAAUGAUGAUUUUGGCUCCGUUACCCUUCUCGUUUCUAAAGUGGAGAAUGGUAGUCUGUUAGUGUGGUAGGUGGGGUGGGGUGGAAGAGGGGUAAGGGGUAGCCUGCUGGCAAGCUCUGAAGGGGGAAGGGUACAGGGCUGGGGAGCUCUUUCCCCCCUCCCAUGAAGCCGAUGGGCGAGCCUCGCCCUGGGACGAUCCCUGGAAAGCUGCUUGCAGGCUAGGUAGCAAAACACGGGAGAUUAGUGGCUACACACGCUACUGCUCCUAGACUGCUAACAGUCUAGAGCACAAAAGGCAGCAAAGCAUUAGAGGAAACUAUGGCAACAUUGCAAACGACAUCUGCUGGCACCUGUUGCAGUGAUAAAAUGAGUGGAACUUUCGUGACCUAUUCUCACCACUCGGGUGUGUGAGGGAGGGGAGGGGAUGGAGCAUUCUGCAAAAAUCACUUCACUUUGACUUGCCCCACCAGUAGUAGAAAAUUAAACACGACAAAGGCCAGCUGGAAGACUGCAUUAUUCCAUCACAGCGCUGCCGCCAACUCAGACUCCUUGUCUCGAAGAUAACCAGGCACAAAUUUCAUCUACAUCAUUGUAGGUACACAGACUGUUAAACAAUAUGACGAAGAUUUGGAUCAGAUUGACAGGCAUAUCAUCCUCCCUUCAAGACUGUCGCCAAUCAAACAAACGCCGUUAGAGAGAGUCCAAGAGGUGUAUGUUUCCACAGAGACGGCAACAGUUGGAGCAAGUACCGCAGACAUCCCAACAUCAACACCUCUUUCCGCAGAAACACAGACGAGAAACAGGGAUUUAGAGCCUAAAGGUUCGUUAAGUUUAAUUUACUUGGCGCCGAUUUCAGCCUGUAGCAUAAUAUAUAAUCCUGCCCGUCCCACCUUGAGGUGAUGUUACGAUGCCGGACAAAAGUCCUUGGGACAGUAAUGCAGUAUUCAUAAUUUUCUGUAAUUUCUGGCUUCCCUCAUAAAACAGUGCAACCUUUCGAAAUUUUUUUGCUGUUCUCCGACAAAGUCGAAACUGGGAAAAAACUUCUGGAUAUACGCGUCCAAAGUUGUUUGUGGGGUGAGGGGAGGGGUUGGGCCUGUGUGAAAUGGACAACGUCACAGAAAUGCAAAAUUGCCCCAAGACUUUUGUCCAUGAUUGUAGCUACUCCCGCUUGGCUUUUAGUAAUUUGUUAUGGCGUUUUAACAACUCAACGUCAUCUAUUUUUACUUCUGAAUGAAGCAAAUUUUCAUGAAAAUUAGAGAGGGCUCACGUUUGAAGCAAUCAAUACUUAGGCGACGUAGGGUGACUCCAGUAAACACUGCUCCUUCAUAUUUUGAUUUUUAAACUGACAGUGCGGUUGCAUGAAUAUGGAAAACGAAUUGUUUAUAUUUUUCGUGCUUUCGUAGAUUCAACUCUGCAAUUCUCAUAAAAUAACGAACAAAUAACGAUUGUUACGAGAAGUACAAGGUAGAUGCUGUAACAUUGCAAAGUAACCAACUGCUGUUCUGUUGUUUUGCCUUUGAACAGUUCUCACCUAUGAAGUUUACAUCCUGACGGGUGACAAGUUAGGCGCCGGUACAAAGGCUGCUGUGAAGUUGACUAUUUUUGGAGAAUACGGCAACUCUGGCGAGAGGCAGUUACUGCGAUCAAGAACGCACAGAUCGAAGUUCCAGCGAGGACAGGUAGGAAGAUCGCGAAUCGGAGCGAAAAGUAGGAACCCUCAUAUUUUUGUCUUAAAUGUGUGCAGGAUAUUCCACUAAAAUAAUUUACUUUACGUCCCGGGACCAUUCAACAAAGUCUAAUACGGGGAGGUGCCAUCCCGAAGUCCAACCGUUUACUCUUUUAUAUAUACCAUUUUUGGCAGAAAUGGUAUCCCUUUAGCAUACCUUCCACUGAAAAAUGGUACCAAUUUCAAUUCAUCUCCCUGCUUAAUAAGAAUAAAUCAAAACCAAGAGACUAUAAAUGGGACAGAGAGGGCAUCCCUCAUAUACACCCUAUUCCAUAGGUAAUUCGUCUCGAGUUAUUUUUAACACCACAGAUCUCAAGGGGGAUUAGACAACAGCCAAUCACAUAGCGCGAAUGUUUUCCGCGUGGAUGACCCACGCUGAGACCCACGCGUCCUUCACGAAAUGACGUAGAACAAAAUGGGGGAAGAGGCUGAGAGCGAUUUUGCUAUUCCUUUUGUCGACGAAAACGACUACAGCGAGAUUUCUGCGAAAGCCGUGUCAGCGAAACCGAAAUUAGAAAAGAAUCGCCCUUCCUCUCUUGUAUAGAGCUAACAGUAGAGCAGGGAAAUCCUUAACACACUGAAUAUUCUCUCAGGAUCAUUUAUAAUUUACAGUUUGAAGAGAGCAAUUUCUGGUUUGAUGUUUAUUUUUUUCAGUCUUUAUAGCGAUUAUUCCUACCCACUUACUUUGUCAAUUGUAGGCGAACCCUCCUAAAGCUGAAUUUCAAGGGACCAUAUUCAAGCUCAGAAAGAGAAAUAAAAUUUCGUCGUUGCUUAUUUACGUCCUCCAUAAAACGCGAAAUUAGGCAUUUUCACGUCGUAGUCGUGCAAAAACGGGAAAGAAAUGAACAAAAAAGUGUGUUGCACGUGCGAAGUUGUUGUUUUGCUAAUUAAACCUAUUGUUUUUUUGACGUUCUAGUUGUCGUCCGCGUCGUUGGAUCUUAAACUCCCUAAAUUGUACAAACGACCGGUUUCAAUAGACCGGCGAAAUUUCUCAUUUUAUUAAAGCACUGAGGUUACGACAACUUCGAGUUAAACUGAUUUCACGGGUUGUCAAAGAGUCCAGCGAUUCCUUUUUCCCAGGUGAGCGCCGACUCAUUUCGCUUCAAUAUUCAGGAAUGCUCUCGAUCUUUUUACGCUUUCAUUGCCUCUCGCCCGACAUGUUUUGCACGGCGUUUGGUCAUGCGAAACCUCCACGAAACAUCCACGCCUCGCGCGAGGUAACUUUAUCCCGAUUCUAAAAAUAACUCGAGACGAAUUACCUAUGGAAUAGGGUGUAUAUGGGGGAUGCCCUCUCUGUCCCCUUAAUAGUCUCUUGAUCAAAACGGAAAGUCGUCCUGUCAGCUGUAUAGCCAUAUAAAACAAAGGCGCGUCUUUUCGAAACAUUUGAAUGAAAGUCCUUUUUAAUUACUUGUUCGAUAGAUUUUCCUGUCCUUUCAUAUAUCCCAUACCCUGUCAGAACCUGAACCCUGAAAAAGGUACCCCUUUCGGGCGGAGCCUCUCAGUAUAGGCCAUUAUAGGGAGUACCCCUCGGGCUUUACGUAAGCUUAACCAAAACUAGUUUUCUGUUUUUUAUUCUUUUAGGUUGACAUUUUUGUCAUAGAUUCAGUUUUCCUUGGAAAGUUGUCAAGCAUCAGAAUUGGACAUAACGAAACAAAGUUAGGUGAGUUAGUGUCGGCAUCUGACUAUCGGAAGUAAUUGGUUCCUUCAUUUUACUGAAUGUUAAAUCGUUGGUACUUGCAGGUUAUGGUUGGUUCUUAGACAAAGUUUAUAUCAAGGAAGGUCCCGAGGCCACGAGAGCAUUUGAAUUCAAAUGCAACAGGUGGGUGUGUGUUUUAUUGCUGCGCGAGUGUUGAACAAAAUCUGGAAGUUGAUUGGCUGACUGGAGUUUGUCAGUGACAUACCGUAUAAUGGCUGCAUAAUUUUUAUCCGUUAAAGUUAUUUAGGUCCCUCUUGGUCGAUUUUAGCAUUUUUAAAUGUUUUUGUCACACGCCAUUCCUCUAAGUUCACCUCAUUUUAUAUAAUUUUUGUUUUUUAUUCAGGUGGCUAUCUUCGCGCGAUGAUGACGGACAGAUUAUUCGUGAUUUACCAGUCUGUGAUGUCUUUCCAGGUAUAACAUACUUUGAUAAGUCUCUUCUUGUUUAAUCUUCUUGUGGUUACUAAGAAGCGCGCGCGUUAACUAGUGUCAUUAGGGACUUUACAAUCCGACGACGCGAUGGUAGUGACAAUGUCGCUUAAAAAGUGAAGUUACGUUCUUCCAGUCUUUAUCGCGAAUAUUCCUACCUAUUUACUAUAUCAAAAGUUGGCGUACCCUCCUGGAGUUGAAUUUCUUGGAUCCCUAUCCAAGUUCAGAACGAGAAAUAAUAUUCGUCGUCACUUGUUAGAAAUUAGGCAAUUUCACGUCGUGUUCGUGCAAAAACAGCGGAGAAAUGUACAAAAAAGUGUGAUGCACGUGUAAAGGUGUUGUUUUGCCUUCUAAACCUAUUGUUUGUUAGACGUUCUCCUUGCCAUCACGUCGUCGGAUCGUAAAGUGCCUAUUUUGGCGGGAAAACGCGAUAGCCGCUGUCCUUCUACCAUGAGUUCUAGGGACAAUUUUAGUGACGGAAGUUUUAUCAUUUUGUGAUCGGGUAGGGCUUAACUUCCUUCAUUAAAAAUAACCCGUAUUAACUUUUCUGGUGAAAAGAGUAAAAUGCAGCUUUCAGGGGUGUCUAUUUUUGGAGAAUACGCCAAAAAAAACUUUUAAGUCAAAUCUCGUCUUCGGCCUCGAAUCUAAAGGACCUAAAGGUCUGUAUUUUAUCCGCGAAUUGGAAAUGUUACGUAAAAAGCUCUUUUCUUAUAUAAUAUUUACUUUUAUCAUAUUCGCUUUUUGCGCAGCGUCCCAUCUUGUAGCUGUCCUACCAAGGAUCGACGAGAGACAAGACGAAGACUUUUUCAGAAGCGCUAGUGACAGCGACAGUUUCUCAAGCGAUGAAGAUAAUGUUCCUGCUCCUGACUUAAGAGAAGCUAAAAAGAAGCCAAAGAGUCAAGAGGAAUCCCAUAUAGAGAAGACUUCAAAGCAUGUGACCGAGCCAGUCGUGUCCAAACCCCCUCCCGUACCGACUCCCCGUGAAAGCGAGGUUCAGGAGGACGGCUUUAUCGCUGUAAAGGCUGAAAACCUGUUUGAUAUCAGCGAAGGCGAGGAUGACAAGCAAGGGGGUGUCGAGGAACUAGAAAACGAGAAGUUUUUCGACCCCGAUGAUAAGAGCGAUAAUUCCGAGAGCGAAGACGAAGAGGAGAAUUCAAGAACACAGGGUAAAAAGCGAAGAGAGGAGGCAGAAAAUUCAAGUGAAAGCGAAGAAGAAGAGAAAGAUGAAGAAGAGGAAACGGGAGGUGAAAAGAGAGCAGCUGUAACAAAGAACGGGUCAGAUAAUCUCAAACUUGUCACUACUGCUAUGACAUCGUUCAAGAAAGCGGCUGGAAGGAAGACUAAGGAUCAAGAGUUUGGAGCAGAAGAACAAGGCAAGGAAGAGGAAAAAAUGGAAGAAAAAACAAAAGUGGAAGAACAAGAAAAAGAAGACGAAAGCGGUGAAAACGAAGUUGAACAGGAGAAGGACAUAGAGGAAGCGGCGCCUGAAAAAGAGGAAGAGGAGGAGGAAGAGCCUCGGGUUGAGUUUACUGGUGAUACAAAGCCUGAGGUAAGAUCAUUCUUUUAGUUUAUAGACAGAAAAAUUGGGGAAAAAGAUUCUGCCAUCUUUAACAUGAAAAAAUACUGCUUAACUUUAAGUAAAAAAAAUUGCUCCGGAGAAAUUCCGUAAAACUAAAUUGUGUUGUUAAAUGACACUCACUAUUGAGCGGAACACGCAAGAGCACUGAAGAAAUAUAAGAGACCAGGAGCCGCUCCUGAAUAGACAGACGCUAGCAGUUACACUCUCAUUUGGGAAAAGGUUUUUUGUGCGUAGGUUUUGUUGGUGGAGAAAGCCCUUCUUUGUAUGCGAGGCAACUUUCAUUGAAUUUUUCCAGACUUACGUAUAGGCUUUAAAAGUUUAGUUUUAACAAGCUAAGUGUAUAAAUUAAAUUGUCCUUUUGUAAAGGAUUCAAAGCCAGCAUACCAGCGCGAAAACAGGCUUCGUUAAGGCAAAGACGACGACGAAGAAGAAGGGCUAGAGUUUGAAACGUUGGCUUUUGAAUCUCUUUACUGUGGUAAAAUUGAUAUAACAAUUUAGUAUAUACGACUCAUUAGUGUUUCAUUCCCUCACCAACGCAGUUUCUCACUUUCCUUGCCUUUUCCAGGCAGUCCUAUUCUCGAGGCGUCGGAUACAGCGCUGAGGGAGACUGAGGAAGUAAGGAGUCUCUUCGCUGUUUUUGUGCUUCUCCGAUGCCUCGAGAAUGCAGUGAACACCUGAAACGGGUUAGACUAUCAACCUUCACUCUGUCGAGAGUUAGAGCGAACGAGCUUUAAAAUUUAGAAAGAUUUGCUUUUAUCAACUGAGUUGGUAAGGUAAAUUUGUGAUUGCAGGGAUAUAGAGAAACUGAUGCUUCGAGUCCUAGCCCUUCGUCAGAGCGAAUCGAUUAUUUAUUUCCGUACGGUGGCUAUUUCUUCCUUAUCAAUACAGUUGAUAAAACUAAAUCUUUGUAUUUCACUCCCCCAGCGAUGCAACACCCCAGUUUUCGGAGAAACUAACCCCUUUAAUUUCUACGCUCUUCUCCAACUGGGGGGCCUGUUUACCGACUGACUGAUUGUGAUAAAUUCAAAGUCAAUGAUUUUCUUGACAGAACGAGCGUGAGCGACCUAUUUCUGCCCAGAGUGAAGAAUUUUUCGAGGGAUUUAAGGCUGGAGUGCGCGCAAAACACGAGAAGGAACGAGAGCGACACAAGGAAUCUGUACAUGAAAGUGAAAGUGUCCUGAGAAAAGGUUUGUUAAUGUUUGCAGCAUCUGAGAAUUAUUGUGUUUUUGAUAAAUAUUUAGCCUGAGAAAAUAGCCGACAUUUUGCAACACCAGGGGCACUACUGGUUUUGCCGCGAAAAGUUGUCUGAGGAACGACUGUAAAAAUUCCGUACUUAUGACGUGUCACUAUCCAGAUCUAGGUAGUACUUCUGAUUGGUGGUACCGCGAGGGAAAUGUGCUUCAACCAGUCAGAAGCACUGCAGAUUACAUGCUAUGUUGUAGUCUCGUACUCAGAAAAUCCGAAGUAGAAUGGCGAAGGAAAUUAAGAGGUGAAAAACACGGCGCAACUUUUCUGCCAUGCAAUUUUGCGAUGAAUAUUGUGUCGUCUCUCUGAGCCGUUAGUAACGUGCGAUUAGGCGUUUUGCGACAUAGAGAGAGAUAUAGGAACUGUGUUUGAUCGUAGGCUACUUUUAAGGUGGAUCAAAGUGAACACGUCCAACUUUAUUCUUAAAUUAACACAUGACAUUUACUUUUUUUUUCCAUUGAUAUUUUUUAUCUAAGAAUCAGCGAGAAAGUCAAACUUAUUGUUUUCCAUUUUUUCGCUGUUUCCCUCUGGAUCUGUUUGGCUUAUUGUUCGUUUGAUCUUGGUAAAGUUCUUGAUUGCCCUCUGAUUUAUCACCCGGUGCAAUGUUAACUGCUUUUUUCUCCCGUUAAGGUAUUUCAAUACAUGACGCCGCCAAAACAGGAAACCUUGAUCGAAUCAAAGAAUUGAUAAGCGUAGUUCCUGAGAUGAAAAAUAAGACUGAUGAACGCGGUAUGAACCCACUGCAUCUAGCGGCAGCCAACGGCAGACUGGACUGCGUCAAGUGGCUAGCGGUCAGCGGUGUAGACCUAGCAGAGGAGACUCCGACUGGCUAUACCGCCAUGCAUUUGGCUGCCAUGAAUGGUCACGUGAACUGCAUGAUGGUAGGUUGGAAAAGAAACAGCAACUACUACGAAAAAAAACCUACCAAACAACCAAUAAAGAAAAAAACGAAUUAGCCAUUUCUAAGUUGCCUUAAUCGUCUUUUUUAAAACAAGGGAAAGUGUCUUGUAUCUAGCGUGGUGAAAAAUUAAUUAUCAUAGAAAUUUUGUAUAAAAGGUUUUCAAAGUUCGGAAAUGGCACUUUGUUUUGUGGGUAAAGUUCGAAGGGCCAUGUUAGUAACUCUUAAACUUAGGCGAUAUCUUGCAGCAGUUCAACAGUCUGAAAAAUAAGUGUUAAUGUGGCUAAUAAGCUAUAUCGCGGAACGCAAUAUAGCUGAGGGAGUUAAGCAGCUGUUUUACCGGUCCAGAACCCAGUCUUGAAAACGUAAAGGGUAGUUGUUCACUGAUUUACUCGAUUAUUUUUGGUUGUCCCAAUCACACUCUGUCGAAUUUCUUGGCGUCCAUUUCUGGUUAUUCAUGUUCCGGUUUAAGAAGUUGUAAAAGCAGAACAAUGAAAUAGUCGAUUCUAUUGCUAGGCUCGAUUACCAGCCGCUGUUCGGGAAAAUGAGCCCGCACUCAUCCCCCAUCUCUUUUCGGGGAGGAUCAAAGACCGGACUCGGGGGACGGCGGAAAUCGAGCCUAUUCUAUUGCGAGUUUCUGCUAAUUCCUUUUACUCUACAAUUUACCAAACGGUCUAGAAAACUCCCAUGUAGUUUCCAAAAUAGCACACGUCCCUGAAAGCAAUCAUACUCUCUUAACAACUUAUGAGCGCUAAGACAUUUAUAAUACCGACACAUUUUACCAAUUAUUCUUUACUGAUUUCAUUUAUCUGUUUUUGAUAAGAUCCUCUCAGCCAUGGGAAGUACGCUGAGUUCUAGGACAAUUGAUGAACUUACUCCUCUUCAUCUUGCUUGUAUGAGGUAAGUUGAAUAUUAAAUUUGUAACUGUAAUUUUGUUUACCCUCUAGGGAUUCUUGAGGACUCGUUUAAAGUUUUCCGUGCGUUCCACAUCGAAGUGUUGGUUUUUAAGGAGAGCGGAAAACUAUAGUGCCCAAGUAAAACCUCUCUGAGCAAGGUGGAGAACCAACAGCAAACCCAACCCACAUAUGGCGUCGACACCGGGAUUUGAACCCGGGCCACGUUGGUGAGAGGCGAGUGCUCUCACUACCGCGCAACCCUUGUAAAUUCUUCUUAAGUGACCUAGAAACAGUACUUUUGUUAAAAUGAUUUUAUUUUGUUGUAGCGGAUUCACGGAGUGUGUAAAGUGGCUUAUUGCUAACAGAGCCAAAAUAGAUGUGGUUGAUAACAAUGGACGUACGCCGCUGGAUAUUGCUGAGGUAAAAUAUGUUGCUUAUCUUUUAGUUUGAUUUAGUUGCUUUGCCCGUUGCUUAGCCUCCCACACAGAUGUUCUUUUGGCUAGUCGCGCAAUCCUCCGGAACGCGUGACGAAGCCCUAAGAACGUCCGCGUGGGAAGCAACUUGCUCAUUGCUGCUCAGAGCAGUGUUAAUUCAGUUUGUGCACCUGAUUACAAAUCAAAAUUUAAAUAAUGUUUUCUUUGCUGCAGGAAUACGGCCAUGAGGACUUAGUUAAACUCCUCAGGAAAUUCAGUAAGUUAUUGUUGUAUUUGAAAGCUAAUUUUUUUAUAUUUCAGUUGGUUUUAGAUUUAGCGGUAACUAACAUCCCUAUUUGUCGUUUAGAAAAAGAACUCACAAGACAAGACAGCACGCUUGCUCAACUAAUGACCAGUGAAAGCAAGAGAAGAAAGAGGUGAACAAAAAGUUACAUUUGUUAAAAGAUUAUUGUGAAAAAUGUUUAGCAAGGCGGUGGGUCGUUGAGUUAGCAACUCUAUAAUUCGUAUGGCGCAUGUAUCAUACACAUAAACUGUUUACAGGUAGCCAUUUCGACUCCUGAAGGAGUGGACGAUCAUGAGGUUAUCCCUACAUUAAGAGCUGUCCUUACAGAUUACCCACCCAGCCCAGGAAAGGUUAACCACACCACCAGGGUCUACGUCCCCUACUCUUUUCGAACAGUGAUUCGGUAUCGUGAUGUCACAAGCAACUUUACUUCUCGAAUCAAAGGCGUUUCUUCAGAUCAGUGAUAUGGCUCUGAAUUAGCCUGCAGUGCAGGCGUUUACUUCGGGCAAGCGAAUCAAAGAUGGCGGUUACAACAAUGCGACGAACAUAAACAAGCGGCUUUCGCCCGCCCAAAAUGCGCCUGCACUGCAGGCUAGCACUGAAUGAGAGAGCCGCGUUUCUUUGCUGCUUGUAGUAUCGAUUCUAUAGGAAGUGAUCAGGAUGAUACGGAACUGUAAUGCUAUAAAAGCCGCUUUUCUUUGCUGUUUUGUAGUAUCGAUUCUAUAGGAAGUGAUCAAGACGGUGUACCAUCCAAAGUCUCUGACAGCGGAGUUGGUGGAUUGGAGAGCGGAGAGGACAGUUGGAUCAGUGAUACAGAGGUCAGUAACAUCCUCCGCAUAGUUUCGUUUAGAGGAAAAAAAAAGAUCUGAGAUUUUAUAGCCUGUGUACAGACGCUUCCUCUGUACACAGGUUAAGAUUUUAGACUUAAGAAAAUUUCACAGUGCCGACACUUGGCAGUAAACAUCAUCAUUGACGGACUUUCUCCGUACGAGGCUUAUCUCAUCAGUGCUUACUAGUAAGUAGGCUUUUUUGCUUAAACUGGCAAACACUAAGCUAAAGGAAAUUAGAAGUGGCUGCUUUGAUAACUUCAACAGGGAAGCGGUUGCUCAGAAUCGUUGAGUUUGAAUUGAAGUUGAAGUUUUGAGAUGACGCUUAACCCCUUGACCACGGAUCGGGUCAUUUCGGGUCAACAUGGAACCAUUGAGAUUUUGCAUUUCUGAACCGACUUAGCUUUCAGUUUAAGUAAUUAAGUUGAUAAGUAACGAAUUCAGGGAGGAUAGAUCUUUGCAAGGAUUCUAGAGACAGAAAAGAAAGGAAAAGGAAAGAAAAAGAGAAAGAAAACAAAUGAAGCUUAAUGGAAAUAUGCGAAAAAAAUAUUGAGAAUCUCAUUUUUAGCCAUUUCUAUGCUAACUGGUAGAAAAUUAAAAAACCGGUCCUGAAAGGAGAGGUUUGUAAAAAAUGUGGAUUUUUUUCGCUACUAAAAUUCCGUAUUCCAAGGUAUAAACGACCUUGCAUUUAAUGCUUAGAGGUUGACAUUUUCAUUGAGAGACUGGUUACUUUGCACCGCAUAAUAGAAUACACUACGUGGAAAUACAGCGUAGAGGCAGAAGUCUAAUCUUGGAUUCUCCUAAAGAAGUGCACCCGAAGUUACGACUUUGAAGUAUAAGUUGAUGAAAACCGUAAUUUUAAUAAGAAUGGGACAGACGAUGAUGCACAUUCAUUAAGGAAAGUGUCUCAAAUCGUUUUGGAAAUACUUGCUGUGUGGAGCACUGUUAUUUCUGAAACAAAACAAAAAAAAGACAAACAUAAACCUAGUCAGCUUAUGAAACUACUGAUAGAUCAACUUAUGACAAGAUUUAAUACUUUUCACCCGUUUUUAAUCUGUGGACGAAAUUUUAUGGUGUUACUAUUCAAAUAAAACCUCUUUGGUAGAACUUUGGCAUACUACUUUUUACUUCUUGGUAUUUUACGAAAUGAAAUUUGAUUUUUUUAAAAAAAUUAUUGCCCUGGACACUCUAAGGAAAGAAGGGUAAAGUAAUCGAGAAAUCACUCUUUAAAGAUUGUGUUUUGGUUCAGCAGGAGGACCUAACAAUAGAAACAAUGAAAGACUCACGGCCGGACUCAGCUACCAGGCAGCGACCGGGCUCAGGAAGGGAGCGUCCCGAAUCAGCCUCGAGAGCCAGGACAGAUUCCAUCAUGUCAAUGGAGGUUUGUAUGUCAGAUUCUGUGUUUAACCGAUAACACCAUAAGCGCGGAUAUCUUACCAAGUUUUGUAAGAGCUUGUCAGCCGUGAAAAGCGCCAUUGUUCUUAGGGCUCGACAAAAUUGUAUCACACGUUAAAAAAUCAGUAGGACUAUCAAUCAAUCAAUCAAUUUGACAUUUCUUAAACUUCAGGGAAGAAUGGCUACAAGCUUUCUCUGCUACGACGUCGGCUGGGAUCUGUCGGGUGGACAAGCGUUAGUUAUGAUUGGUCGAUGGCAGAAACGAGAAACGAUCCCAAAAGUCUUUGCGCCUCCUUGGCUUUUUGAGUUGCCUAAGCCUCCGUUUCAAAACGAGGCUGAGUGCGAAGCCAUUGACAUGGAAACGAUUUUUUAUUCUCAUGCAAAUCAUUUAAAACUCAUUUUCACAACAAAGGUUUUGCACCAAGCCUCGUUUUGAAAGUGAGAAUUUUCGGAAAUCGGAAAUGGCCUAUUAGCGUAGUGGCGAAUUCAAACUCAACUUAGAUGGUGCAAAAAUAUAUGCAGUUUUCUGGGUGCAAUUCUUCUUUGAUUUACGUUUGCAGUUUGUAAAAAACGUGCUCCUUUUAGGGCAGGUGCCUUUCCAAAUUGAAUGGAUAGGUGGAUGAUUGAGAAGACCAGAAAGUUUGCUCUUAUUGUCUACAUUACACUGUCCGAGUUUUCUCCGUAACACCAGUAACGAUGUACGCAUGCAGUAUUAUAGUAAACAUGAGUUUCAAAGAAAGUAUCAUUUUAUGAAUUUUAUUUUUCUACAGGACAGAAAGAAAAACUUUGAGAAGCAGCAGUCGAAAAUGAAGAAAAGAAACUCAAGCUUCUUGGACAGUAUUAGGAUGGAAGUGGAAAAUGAAGAGGAAUUUUGAGGUUUUUUUCUUCAAGAUUCGUCAGUCAAGCUUCGUUUAUAUACAAGAGCUGGAUAAUACUUCUACAUUUACGCAAGUGGAGCAAGAUACAGCAGCCGACUGAUGUUU